GAAUGGCAGUGGAUAGAUCUGUUCAUUCGAGAGUUCGUUCUUCCAGUUCCGUCGAUUUCAUCGAGAUACUCAGGGGCCGACCCGGCGCAGCCAAGUCAACUGUUUCUCGACGUCAGCGCCGGCGAGGUCACCGGACGAUGUCUGUUCCUGUGAAUCGAAGCUUUUGCGACGCUUUACUGCACGAAACGUUCCGGAUCCUUGAUCACUCCUGUACGAGCUUGUGUUGCAUAUGAGAUGGGACAGCGUCGUGCUGUCAGCAACCUUGUGUCUGAG